CACAGUAAGCUUUCCUUGUUCAGUUUGGCACCUAAAGGAAAAUUUUAAAUUUUAAGUGGAAAAAUCAGUUUUUCAGCAUGGAUACGCUGCGCCAGAAGUUUUCCGAGUUAUUUAAUAGCUCCGUGACCACAAAGGAUGAUGAAGGGAACCUUGGAGGGGCCAGAUCAUCGGAAGUUUCAAAUCAGGAAACUGAGAAGCCAGACGACACUUCUCCAUCUGAUACCACGGAACCCAUAACCUCUGCGGAUUUGCCAACACCAGAUCUGAAGUUGCAAAAGUUCAAGAAACAAACAUACCAACCUAUAAACUAUGAACUGGAGUUUGUGGACUUUGUGGAACGAAAUGCUCCCAAGGGUUUUUCCAAGAAGAUAAUGGAUAUGAUGCCCUAUUUGCAAGUCAGCUUUUUAUCCUGGCCAGCUUUUUGGUUUUGGCGUGGAUACAAUUGGCAAUCUAAACGGAAAACAGAGAGAAUUGGUUUCUACAUUCAAAGGACCUAUCAGCAGGCCAAGCUGAUGCAAAUGGCCAUCAUAGCUACUGGUCUAUUAACGGUUUCAAUGGGUCAAACUGCCGGCAUGCCUAUAAAAUUGGAAACAGUGCACCAUAAAAAGCCAGAAGAUGAUAUUGAAGACACCUCUUAGCACAGAACUAUUACGGCAAUCUGAAGGAGAAAAUCCUGAAGAUCACAAAAAAAGAGGAACCAACCAGGGAAAUGGUCAGCCCACCUCAAAUGCAUA